UUUCGAUUUAAUGCAAACUAGCUUUUGUCAUUAAUGUCAUUUUUAAAAAAAAUAUAUGAAUUGAUAUUCUAUUUAAUUAAUGCAUUAACAAUGUAAAGCAUUCUAUAUGCUGAUAUAUAUCACUACUGUGUUUAUACAUAUAUUACGUAUAUAUGAUUUACUAUUGAUGUAUAUGAUAUACAGCUCUGUGUUGCGAUGUCAUAUGUCAUAGCAACGUCUUUAGUAUAAUUGCUAUUUUAAAUUUUAGAAUGUUUCUUUUCAGAACGUCGGAGAGUUCCAUCUUGAGUUCCGAAGAUCACAAGCUCUGGAUUACAAGUGCGAUUUAAGUCUACGAUCAACUUCACAACUUCUAACCGAUGGCCCGUACGAGAUAUGACGUGACGGAGCUCCAGGAGGAAGAACCUCAGGCCGGAGGGAGCGGACUGUCUGACGACAGCGGAACACAGAGGGAAGAAACUCCGUCUGACCUGCUACUUCCCACUGAGCUCCACUACAACAUCGUGAGCAAUGAAGACAAUGAUGAGGACUACAGCCCUGAUCAGCUAUAUGCUCAGUCCACCAGUAAACAUUUCCAUGGCAAGAGGACUAGGGAACAGUUGUCUGAGGAAGAGGAAGUUGAAGAGGCCCCUCCUAGUAAAAGACAGCGUAUGGAGCAAGAGGAUGAGGUGGUUGAGCUGUUGAGCUCUUCUUCUUCUUCGAGCUUAUCCCCACUUUUGGACCCCAUUCCCAGCAUAGAUGUGCACCCCAGAAAUGAGCAGAUGGCUGAUGAGGAGGAAAAUGAUGAAGAGGCCCCUCCCAGGACAAGUCAGCAUGUGGAGCAAGAAGAUGAGCUGUCUGAACUCACUAAUCUAGACAGCAACUCAUCCUCUUCAUUAAUCUUAUCCCCUACAUUGGAGUUUAUCCCAAUUAUAGAUAGUUCCUCCAGCAGUCAUUAUUUUUGGUGGAGGUGGAGGGUGAGUGACAGGGAGCAGAUAAGUGGUGAAGAAGACAAUGAUGGAGAGACUCCUCCUGAAAGAUUGGAACAUGUGGAGCAAGAGGAUAAUGAGAAUGAGGUUUAUUUCAUUAGUUUGGAGAGGAGCCCAUCCCCUUCAAUGAACUUAUCCACUUCUUCAGACUUUAUGCUUUUUGUAGUUGAUUCCUCUGGCAAUGAGUAUGUCUGGUGGAUAAGGCAGCAUGAGGAUAUUGAUGAAGAGAUGCCAACGUAUGACAGCAUGCCUUAUCAAAAUGGUGUAGUUAGAGUACCUCAAAACUUGUUUGUCUCCAUCACAAUUUACACCUUAUGUCUGGACUCGGUUGGAGAUCUUUUUAUUUCCCUUCUUUCCAUUCCCAUCCUUAUUCACGGAUAUUUAAGCUAGGCUAAGGUAAAUAUUUCACCCAUUUUAACCACAAGUGUUGGUAAGGAUCACUUUUAUACCUUAUCUUGUGUUGUCCUGAGGUCAUUGUUCCCAUUCCCGUUUUAUGGAUGCCGGACCUCAGAUACACCUACAGUAUCAGUGUAGCAGUUACAGUGGUCGAAUAUCGCUGUCCUCUUGCGCAGUACAGCAGUUGGCUCUCAGUCCCUUUCUUAGUGUGCCAAAAUUAAGUUACCAUGCAUACAGCACCUGGAGAAAAACACUGAUGCUGGCCUACAAAGCCAAAAACGGACCAGCUCCCUCUUACCUCAAAGCCCUCAUCACUCCUCGCACUGCAACCCAGACCCUCCGAUAUACCAGCACUGCUCGACUGGUUCCACCAUCUCUCAGGAAACUCAUCCAUGUCCACGGAUGGAGCAAAGGGACAGCACCCAUGCAGUGGAGAGUGUUGACUACAGUGUGCUUUCUCAAAUCUCUGACUGGCUGGUAGGGCUCAGGUGAACCUCACUAAUGAUUCAUUGUCAGCUGUACUUCUGGCAGCUCUAACAGAGCUGAGCAAUCCGCUAUGUUAGGAUUCAGUAGCCCACGACUGGCAUCACUGUUUAUUAUAUUAAUAUUCCUGCCUCUACCACUGAUUCUGCACACAUUGCACAGGAUUUAGGGAUGAGGUCACAGAGUCCACAUCACAACAACAUUGUAACUGCAGAACUCGCAAAAUCCUUCCCAACCUGGCACUUGAGUUUUACCACUUCCGGGUUUCAUGGAUAUUUAAGCCAAGCACCUGUUACUGUUAGCACGAAGAUUAUUAUCAGUCGGAUACCUACCAGUACGCUGAUGAGUAAAGCCUUGGAUUGGGCCUCUGCAGUGUGGGAUUGUAACCUGCAGUGACUAGGAGAAGAGGAGAGAAGCCGUGCCUGAGCUCUGUGCACACAAGCAUGUGUGAGAGCUAAGAGGAAUUAUAAGAAUUUCGCCAUUCAAGUCUAUGGGAACUUUUGGGGUAUUCGAUUGUCCGCUACGUGAAAACCAAAAGGCCAUUGGUACCCCAAAUUAAAGGAGCUGGCUGAUUUCUGUGAACACUGAGGGAGGAAACUCCGCCCGACCUGCUACUUCCCACUGAGCUCCAUUACAAGAAUAAAGUAGUAGAAUAAAAAAGAAUAAAGAGGACGAUGGUGACUACAGCCCUGAUCCACAGAGUGCCACAGAGAUAAAAAAGCAUUUAAUUGUGAAUGUUAAGUGCCCAACGCCAGCUGACAAACAAUCUGUAGCUGCACCUGGAAAAGAUAUCUGAAAUGGUUUCUAGGACAUAUUUUUCCUAUCUGAACUGCAAUAUUUAUUUAUUUAUUUUUAGGUUUGCCUACCUGACUGGCUGGUAGGGCUCAGGUGAAACUCACAGAUGGCAAAUUGAUUUAUUGUCAGCUGUGGUUCUGGCAGCUCUGGAAGAGCUGAGCAAUCCGCUAUGUUAGGAUUCAGUAGUCCACGACUGGCAAUGCUGUUUAUUAUAUUGAUAUUCCUGCCUCUACCACUGAUUCUGCAUGCACUGCACAGGAUUCAGGGAUGAGGUCACAGAGUCCAAAUCACAUCAACAUUGUAAUAGCAUGACCUGCAACCCUCACUCGAGUUUUAGCCACUUCCAGCUUUCAUGGAUAUUUAAGCCAAGCACACAUUACUUUGAGCAAAGCAUGAGGGCCCCCCGGCCCACCUGCCGCUAUGGACUGGAAUAGAAACCCAUCACAGUGAAAAGGGGGAACCCAUGCAGAGGAACCAUCUUGCCCAAAUUCUAAGCCCUAAUUGAUUCCAGAGCUGCAUUUCACCUUCUUGACAUAGACCUCAUCGAUCAGCUGUAAAUACCAACCAAGCCAUGCCUCACACCAAUCUGUGUCACUGCUGUGAACAACCAACCUAUUUAAGAAGCUUACUUCACGCACCAAACCACACCAAUCACUCUCAAAAUCAAAUUAUUUAAUCAAAACAGAGAACUCACCCGUUGGUCAUCACACUGUCUGGCACACUCUAUGCAAAAUCCCCUGACACACUUCUAUCUGACUACCUCAGUAGAAAGCCCUAAACUCAGGUCAUCAAAUAUAUUCAUUUUUCCAAUAUUCAAUAUUCCAAAAAAGAAAUCUUGGACAAGGGAAAAGCUUUGAGGCUACCACCACAUCGCACGGGAGACUGCGCCAUUGAGCUCUUACCCAACACAAUGUCCCAAGUGCCACGUAUAUCCUUUAACCAUCCUCGAGAGCAGAGCCAUAGAAAAGUAUAUAAACACAGCGGUGGAUGCCGGUUACAUUCGGCCCUCGACGUCCCCUUAACAGCAAGAUUCUUUUUUGUGGAAAAAACUAUUAGAAACUAUUGUGGCUAGCUGUUUACAGUUGAUUACAAAUUGCUGCUACUUACUUACUUAGGCUCUUAACCCAGCCAACCAACUGACUGCCCCAUCACACCUCUGGGAACCCCUUUAAGAUAAGAUAAGAUAAGAUAAGAUAAGAUAAGAUAAGAUAAGAUAAGAUAAGAUAAGAUAAGAUAAGAUAAGAUAUAUUUUUGUCCCACAAUGAGGAAAUUUCACUGUUACAGCAGC